UGUCUUCCGACCUUUGUCGGCCACCGUAGAAAGAGCGAGUUCCACUCAUAACACAACACUAUGGUUUAUCUGUGUUUGUGUUGUCGACCAAGUCUUAUGUAGCCUCGCAACUAACUCGAUAAUAGUUCAGCUUGGUAGCGAACUUCUCACUGACACACACAUUAUGGAAUUUUUGCUUCAAGUGAAAAUUGGCGCUCUGGUCGGUUUGUUGCUAUUAACUCUUUUUUUCGGGUUCAUCCCGGCUCGAGUCACAUGGUUCAGGAACACAAACGGGACAGAGACUCACCGCACAGUUCUGAGUCUGAUAAGUUGCUUCGCCGGUGGAGUUUUACUGGCAGCAUGUUUGCUCGAUAUCAUUCCCGAUUACCUGGCGGACAUCAACACUGUGCUGGACUCUAACAUGAUUGAGGUCAACUUCCCACUUCCUGAGUUCAUCAUGGCUGUCGGCUUCUUCACAGUCCUCAUAUUGGAGAGGAUGGUUCUGAACUGUCGGGAGAUGGGAGGGACCGUGGAUGAGAGGGCACCUCUUAUACAGGACAUGAGGAACGGCCACGCCCACGCCCACGUCCAUGGCUCCACCGCGAGUCCGGAUCUGGAGAGCAGCGGCCACCACGUCCAUGUUGACUUUCAGGCCCACUCGCCUUUUCGCUCCUUCAUGCUUUUCCUCUCGUUGUCGCUCCAUUCGGUUUUUGAAGGGCUUGCUAUCGGCCUGCAGAACACUGACUCGAAGGUGUUGGAAAUCUGCAUCGCCAUACUGGUCCACAAGAGCAUCAUCGUGUUCAGCUUGUCAGUGAAGCUGGUCCAGAGCGCAGUCAGUCCCGUGUGGGUGGCCGCUUACAUCGGGGUGUUCGCUGUGAUGUCGCCGCUGGGGAUCGCCAUCGGCAUCAGCGUGAUGGAGGCCCAGCUGGCGGCCGGCACGCUCAUCCAGUCCAUUCUGGAGGGCCUUGCCGCGGGGACGUUCAUCUACAUCACCUUCCUGGAGAUCCUCCCGCAUGAGCUCAAUUCCCCCGGGAAGCAGCUGCUCAAGGUGCUUUUCAUACUGCUGGGCUUCACCGUCAUGGCCGCGCUCACGUUUUUGGGCUGAGCGCAUGAGAUGCUCAAUCCUGGGUACCAGUCAAGAUGUUCGCUUUGUGUUUGGCGUCAUCUUCGUUUAUUUCCAAUGCAGAUGACAUUUUUCUCCACGUUAAGACUGUUUACACUGCAGGUCCUGACUUUUCAUAUUCUGCUGCUGGAGUAUUUUUAAGGUAACACGGUAAAAUGCUUGAUUGUUUUAGACCUUUCAAUAUACUUUUUUUAAGAUGUUUUGUGAAUUGAAACUUGUUUUAGUUCGUUAAGAAUUUUAUGUGAACUGGGCCUGUUUAAUGAUCAAGUAAGUCAAGGUUAAACAGGGCAUAUCCGAACUGGCGUAAACAUUUUGAACCUGACUGAAGAAACCACUGGAGAUGUUAAGGCCUUACCGGGUGUACCAUACAUUGUAUUUCGUCCAAUCAUGUCACCUCAUCGGCAACUGCAUUUGUUUACCUGUGCGUUUGGUUUGUUUGAUUCAAAUGUUUGUUUCUUUACAAGUGCCUCCAAAUUUGCUUUAGUUCAUUUUCCAGCAUUUUGUUUCUCUUUUUCUGUUUCUUUGCCUCAAGUAGUCUUUAUCACUGACCGCAUGAUUUGUACUGACGUUUUAUUACAGUCUUUUUAGCCUAUUUGUAGUCUCACUAGUAUUUUGUUGCUGCUCAUAUGAUUUAUAACUUCAUGAGAGCUUGCAUAUUAAAUGUUGGCACUCUU